UCCUAUGUCGGAAACGGACUCCUUUGACGCGAAGCGACGUGGGUGUAUUGUAACCAUGUCUAUGCGCAAACAUUGUGUACUAUGACGUCAUACUUAGACAAAGUCCAGGAUGUGCACGAGUCUAUUGCGCAGUAAUUGUUCAGAGCGAUGGCAGAGCUUUCCAAGUCUAUCGAGUUACAGCCCAUCACAUCUCAGCCACCGAACUACGAUCUCGAUGAUUCCUCUCAACAUGUCUCCCUUGGUUAUCCAGAAGUACCAACUACCGUCCCCAGUCAGGUGACAGACUAUCUGCCACUGUCUCUCUGUACCAUGCUGUACUGCUUUCUUCCAAUUGGGCUAAUUGCUCUCCUGUACUCAAUUAGGAAAUCAAAGACUGACGAAAAUAUAAUUUUGAAAAGUAGUGGAGUUGAAACCCAGCCAAUCCUACGAGUGACUAUGGGCCUGCCUAUGUCUUUGUUGUGUUCGCGAGGCCAAUUUAGCUGGUGACCAAGCUCGAGCGCAGCGAGCAUCUCGUAUUGCCUGUGUACUGAACAUCUUGGCAGUUGUUUCCGCUGGGAUCACUGUUGUAUCCGUUAUGCUUCCAAUUAUGUUUUGCAGCCUUGAUAACGCGAAUUGUUGAACUGGAGGGGAAAGUUGCAUUCUAGUUGAUAUUGCGUGAUUUGCUCUUGUGUUUAGAGUAUAGCUAUCAAGUCAGAUAAAUGUUUUGCAAGUGUAUCUGAUUUUAGCAGUAACUUUACUGUAUACAUAUACAGAUUAGCUUACCAAUCAAAUAGUACAAUUUGUGAAAUAUUGCGGUAUCACCUCAUUGCAAGCAACUGUUCUCCCUUCAUUAACCAAAAUAGCGUUUAUUAACUACACUAGUGUAUGUGUGUGUGUGUGUGUGUGUGUGUGUGUGUGUGUGUGUGCGCGUGUGUGUGUGCGUGCGUGCAUGUGUGCAUUUGUGUGUGCGUGCGUGUGUGUGUGUAUGUGUGUGUGUGUGUGUGUGUGUGUGUGUGUGUGUGUGCG